UGCUCUGGGUUUUCGUACUAGCUGUUUACGGUUAUAUCCUUUUAGCUAUUACUGUAUAGAAGGGCUUAUUACCGUGAAACAAAAUCGACUGGAAUCUAUUCAAAAAAUCUACUUUGCAAUAUAUUAAAUUGAUAAUUUAUCUGUCUUUAAAAUACUUUUAGCAUCUUUGGCUGUUUUCUAGUUUUAUACGUUCGUGUCAUUUCUAAAUAGUAAUGGAUAAACGAAAAGAACCCGAAGUUCCUCAGAAUGGACAUGUCGUGAAACGACCUCGUGUGGAAGAUGUAAUUUUAGCCUCAGAUGAAGAUGUUGUAUCUAGGACCUCUGACUUAAUGGCCCCUAAUUUACAAAUGAUAGGACACACUUCAGAAGUCUUAGUUUCCAGAUUUGAUCUCUCUGGUUCGAAAUUUGCGUCUGGAGGGAUGGAUCGUCAGAUACUCUUAUGGAAUGUAUUUGGAGAGGUCAGUAAUUUUGGUAUCUUGUCUGGUUCAAAAGGUGCCAUUACUGAUUUACAAUGGAGCAGAGAUGGUGAAGUUUUAUACAAUGCUUGCUCUGAUGCCAAUUUAUAUUCCUGGAAUACUAAUUCUGGAAAAAAAAUAAGAAAAUACAAAGGCCAUGCUGGCGUGGUUAAUGCUCUAGAUGUAUUACGGGUCGGUUCUGAACUGCUAACUUCAGUAAGCGAUGAUUCUACAAUGAAGAUUUGGGAUUCCCGCUCUAAGGGCUGUAUACAAAGCAUAGAAGAAAAAUAUCCCCUUACAGCUGUUGCCAUUUCUCAGCAGGGUACUACUGUAUACACAGGAGGAAUAGAAGGUGUCAUUAAAGCUUGGGAUUUAAGGACAAACGAAGUCAUCUAUACUUUGAAAGAACAUAAUGAUAUCAUAACGAGUUUGUCUUUGUCUAAAGAUGGUUCCACUUUAUUAUCCAAUUCCAUGGACAAUACAGUACAAACCUUUGACGUUAAACCAUUUGCUCCUUCCAAAAGGCAUUUGAAUGUUUUUAAUGGGGCCGUACAUGGAUUAGAGCAUAACCUUUUAGGAGCGGCAUGGAGUGGUGAUUCCCGUUUAGUUGCUGCAGGUAGCUCUAAUCGAAAUACCUAUGUCUGGUCAUCCUCUUCCGGUGAACUAAAAUACCAAUUACCUGGUCAUGAAGGUUGUGUUAAUCACGUUGAUUUUCAUCCAACUCAAAACAUCAUCCUUUCAUGUUCUUCUGACAAAACAAUGUUUCUUGGAGAACUUAGUUAGAACUAAUAAAAUUGUCUUUGAUGCAUCUCAA